GGUGGCUAUUCAUAUAAACAACACCCACCAGCAUCUCUUCCCUCGACCCAAGGGUCCUCGUCGCAUCUGUAAUGCUACCAAACUUGCUUCUCCCAUUUCCUUAAGUUUCCAUCUUUCCAGCAUCCCUUUUUGGCCCCUUUUCGUAUCUCUGACAUAAUUGCCAUGGACAAAGUCACGCUCCUCACAGCAUCCCGGCUCGAGCCCACAGUUGCUCUGCGGCCCCACUCGACUCUGAUCGUCGGCCUUGGCAAAGCGUUUGCUCUUUCGCUUCAAUUACAUCAUCGGUUUCUCGACGUUUCCCUAUACAUCUGCCUGCAAUCGUACUUAAUCUCCUACGCCCUUCUCGCCGGAACCUCAUACGCCUGCAAGCACCUGCUCUUCUAUGCAUUCAUCGCCUCCGCAUUUAUUCUCAAACACGCAUUCGCAAUGUCCACCAAAGCCAUUUUCGACAUCUGGGACUCCAGCAGUGUCCAGAAAGUCCGCGCCAGGAUCUUUUACGAGUUUGCCGUCUUCAUCUUGGGCUGCGGCAACGCCAUGUUUCUCCUCAUCUUCUGGCCCGGCUGGCUGCUCCUCGGCGGUGCCUGUCUUGCCGCAUGGCAGCUGGCUGGCUGAUUGAUUGACUCUUGCUUCUGUCUGGAAUAUCCAAUCGCGAAAAUAACAAUAAUCGAUAAACAAGAUGCCAGCUCUCUACCGCAACCAGCCAGCGACAAGCCUGUUAUUAGGCUGAAUUUGAUUCGCCCAAGCCUUUACUUUGAGCUCCCACAGCCACCCUCUUCAUUUCGAGAAGAAGAAUGUGUUACCGCCAGUAUCCUUCCGGAUCUGCGACGAAUAAUCCACCUCGGGGUCAAACUCUUGCCACGUGCUGGCCGGAUAUAUGUGCUUGUGCCGCUCAUACCACCUACGAUCCACCACCUUUGUCAACGUCGGAUCUUCACCAAAACCUUCCAGCGUGGAAAUGUCUGCUUGUCGCGCCCUAGCAGCUGCCGCCUUGGCCGCCGCAGUCGUCAAGACGCCGGCCGAGGGAUCCGAGUCUGGAUCAGUCAAAGUUGAAGUCGAGGCUCUCGCAUUCGGUGCUUCGGCGCUGUAGUCAAAGAUGCGAAGGCCUCGGGGACCGGUACUCCUGUUGACGACGAAAUAAUAAAAGUCGUAAUGCUAGCAACAGAAUUAGCAUCAUCGUAUACACAUGUACAUAGAGAAUAGAAGAAUAGACGAAUAUAUAGACACUUACAUGAGGAAUAAUCACCGUCCCUCGCACCAGC